CAUCCUCCACUCGGAGGUGCAAGCCGGCAAGGAACACCAACAACCACCACAGCAAACAAAGAGCCCUCAGAAGAGUUGAGCUGAGGUAGCUAGCCGAAGAAACCCCCCCGUUCCGUUCCGUUUAGUUCUUGCUUCCGGGCAUGGCUCCGACCGAGGCGGCGGCGGCGGUGGCAGCGGCGAAGGGGAGGGUGACGGCGCUGGGGGUGGCGGCGUGCGAGCACGACGCGGAGAAGCUGGAGUUCAUCGAGGAGAAGACCAGGAACUUCGACGCGGAGCAGGUGCGUGUGCUCGCGGAGAUCCUGGCGCGGAACGGCGGCGCCGAGUACCUCCGCCGGCACGGCAUGGAGGGGCGCACGGACCGCGCCGCGUUCAAGGAGCGCGUGCCCGUGGUCACGUACGAGGACCUCCGCCCGGAGAUCGAGCGCAUCGCCAACGGCGACCGCUCCAACAUCAUCUCCUCCCACCCCAUCACCGAGUUCCUCACCAGCUCGGGGACGUCGGCGGGGGAGAGGAAGCUAAUGCCGACGAUCGAGGACGAGCUCAACAGGCGCCAGAUGCUCUACAGCCUCCUCAUGCCCGUCAUGAACCUGUACGUGCCUGGGCUUGACAAGGGGAAGGGCCUCUACUUCCUGUUCAUCAAGUCGGAGACGAAGACGCCCGGCGGGCUGCCGGCGCGGCCGGUGCUGACCAGCUACUACAAGAGCGACCACUUCAGGCACCGCCCGUACGACCCCUACAACGUGUACACGAGCCCCACGGCGGCCAUCCUCUGCACCGACUCGUUCCAGUCCAUGUACUCGCAGAUGCUGUGCGGCCUGCUGGCCCGCACCGAGGUGCUCCGCGUCGGCGCCGUCUUCGCCUCCGGCCUGCUCCGCGCCAUCCGCUUCCUGCAGCUCCACUGGAAGGAGCUCGCGCACGACAUCCGGACGGGCACCCUCAGCGCCCGGGUCACCGAGCCGUCCAUCCGCGCUGCCGUCGCCGAGGUGCUCGCGCCGGACGGCGACCUCGCCGACUUCGUGGAGGCCGAGUGCGCCAAGGACAGCUGGGAGGGCGUCAUCACCAGGGUGUGGCCCAACACCAAGUACCUGGACGUGAUCGUGACGGGCGCCAUGGCGCAGUACAUCCCGACGCUGAGGUACUACAGCGGCGGGCUGCCCAUGGCGUGCACCAUGUACGCCUCCUCCGAGUGCUACUUCGGGCUCAACCUCCGGCCCAUGUGCGACCCGUCGGAGGUGUCCUACACCAUCAUGCCCAACAUGGGCUACUUCGAGCUGCUGCCGCACGACCCGGAGGCCGGCGAGCCGGGCAGGGACGUCGACGGCCCGCCGCCGCGGCUGGUGGAGCUGGCGGACGCCGAGGUGGGCAAGGAGUACGAGCUGGUGAUCACCACCUAUGCGGGGCUCUGCCGCUACCGCGUCGGCGACAUCCUGCAGGUGACCGGGUUCCACAACGCGGCGCCGCAGUUCCGGUUCGUGCGCCGCAAGAACGUGCUCCUCAGCAUCGACUCGGACAAGACGGACGAGGCGGAGCUGCAGGCGGCCGUGGAGCGCGCGGCGGCGCUGCUGGCGCCCUACGGCGCGGGCAUCGUGGAGUACACGAGCCAGGCGGACGCCGCCGCCAUCCCGGGCCACUACGUGGUGUACUGGGAGCUGAUGGUGCGGGAGGGCGCGGGGGGCAGGAUGCCCGAGGCGGCCGUGUUCGAGCGCUGCUGCCUGGAGAUGGAGGAGGCGCUCAACUCCGUGUACCGGCAGCUCCGGAACGGCGACGCCAUCGGGCCGCUGGAGAUCCGGGUGGUGCGCGGCGGCACCUUCGAGGAGGUGAUGGACUACGCCAUCUCGCGCGGCGCGUCCAUCAACCAGUACAAGGCGCCCAGGUGCGUGUCCUUCGGGCCCAUCAUCGAGCUGCUCAACUCCAGGGUGCUGUCCAAGCACUUCAGCCCGGCGUGCCCCAAGUUCAGCCCGCACAGGAAGUGAUGGGGAUGCUGCUGAUUGGAUGGAUUCGAUGGUCACGGCCAAAGAUCGGGGCUGGACGCUAGCAGCCUAGCGCUGCUACUACUCCCUUCUUCCCAGUCGUUUAUUAUACUGUGUGUGUACAAGGCAGAGGAGUGAAUUAGUAUCACAACUCCUGCUUGCUAGUUGCUACUAGCUCCAGCCAGAUGGCUGCUUCUUUGGUAUUAGAUCAAGCUACUCCACUGCUGGUAGUUACGUACUUGUGCGUGGUGUCAUUUCUUGAGUGCAAAUGGCGAGUGUCUGUAAUCGUAAGAUGGUAACGUCAUUCUUGGCCCAAUAUAUCAUAAUAGGCACCGUAUUCUAUGGAAA